ACGUUCAAGUAAUGUACAAUAAAGUAUGUGUACUUUCAUUAUAUGUAUAUAUAUAUAUAUAUAUAUAUAUAUAUAUAUAUAUAUAUAGUAAUUCAUCAUGCAUUUUGAGAUUUCUUAUCAUUCCUUUGGGUCGUGUCCUUUUGUCGAAUUAGUUUUUGGGUUUACAUUCUGAUCGUUUGACAUGUUUUUUCUCUGGUACAUUUUUUGCUCACCUGAUCAUGCACGGAGUAUAUUUAUCAAACUUAUAAACACUAUGAGACCAAGUGAUCAAUUAACUAAGCAAAGUUCGAUGAACUUACCACUACUGAGUAAACGGAACCUGUGUAUAUGGUUUGCAUGAGUUGAAGUCUAAUUUCUUCCCCUCAACAUACGUUCACGGACCUCAAAAUAUAUAUUCGGUGUUGGAAAUUCUACCAACAGAAGUUAUAGCAAAUAUGUUUUAUCUCAUAAACAAUCUCCCAGUGCGAAUGCCAAUGAUAGGUUAAAGAUAAUUCAACAAACCUUUAUCAGAUGGGAAACAACUACAUCCACUGAACCAGUGCGAGAUAGGGAACGGGUUAAGUUGUUUCAGCAGAUGAAGUAAAAAGUUGGAUUUCGCAAAAUCGAUGAUGUUCUUUUUUAAAAUAAAUAUGCUUACCAACUACUGUAAGUCGAAUCUUUUAGGCUUCUGACCAGCUUUUAGACUUGAAGAAUCUGGCCGGAAUGUCUUAUAAGAUUUUGGACUUAACGUCUUACAUACAAUCUACCAAUUAUGCAAAAUAUGCUCCAAUACGUUUUAGCAUUGCGUCGCUAGCAGCAAAGACAAAGAAACCUCGAAGUCGAUACAAAACAACAUUAUGUGCUCUACCACCUAAGCUAGAGUCAUUACAAUUUCCAGUAUCUGCCGUAGCUAGAAGAGUCCGUUCUGGGGCUCGAAACUGAAUAGAUAAAUGACCGUUCAAAAUACCAAUAAUCAAGGAGUAUUUCUGUUGGUAUCACAGAAAAUACAAUAUAAAGGCUACAAAAUGUUAUCACCUGUUAAUACUUCCUUGCCCCCAAAUGCCCUGGUACGGCCGAGAGUGGCGAGAGUCCACUCUCCUUCUCGAAACGCUCUCACAUGGCCACGCGUAUAUAGCCUCUGCCAGGGAAGUCCUACUCACUGCCUUCUCGUGGUGGGGGUGUUGUUUACGAAAAUGAGAGGACAAAAAGCGAAUGUCCGGCGCUUUAACCGGAUCCCAAACCAAUGGUGCACAUGGGCUCCAGUAUCCUGAAGGAAGAAAUGGCGUAUGAACCAAUCGUUGGUCACCGGCUACUAUGGGACUGCAUCUCCUUACGAUGCUCCACUGCCUUGUGGGUCAGACGUUCAGGUCGAAGGCUCGGGGUGUGGCCCCCUAAGAAAACCACCUGCUUCGGUUUGGGCACCCGAGCAGUAUCACAGUCCUCGUGUGGUGCGUUUGUAUUUGGUGCCUCCUAGUACCAAUACCUAUGUGUUAAAAUAAUAAUAUAAUACUUCCAAUCUUUCUCUAUUAGAAAAACAAGAAGAACAGGCAGUAAUGGUGACAGCUGUUACUGGUAAAACGUCUAGUCAGCUUUUACGAUGUCCUAGAAUCUACAUCACGAGUACGUACAUCUUGUGGUUUGGCUUACGCACUAUGUUAAAUUCAUUUUAUGGUUGUAGGGAAGAUUUUUAACAAAUUAAUUCCCUAGAAGUUGUCGCUGUAUUAUGACUUUACUGUAAAAAUGCCAGUUACGUAACAACCCCCCUCUUGGUCAAAAACGAGGAAAAAGUAACUUGGUGAAAAAAUGGGGUUUAGCUAUUUUAUUUCCUCUUCAUGUUCUGGUUAAAUAUCUUACUGUCAUUUUGUUCAAGCUUUUUUCUUUUAUCAGCUUUAAAUAUGAUUAGUUUAGGCUGUCAUGAUAAGCUCUUACAUGAAGUAGUACAUGUCUUCUUCAGACAGAACUAAUUGAAUCUGUUCAUUUUCAUAGUGUGUCAAUAUGGCCUUAGAUAUUCUUAUUUUCCUAUACGGUGUGUAUAAGACCUUGAUCUAUGUGGGCUUUUUAUAACGCUGAAUAUUUUUACCCGGUUCGAAAUUUAUCUAAAUGAACUAGUCUGUUUGUUUAUACAUUAUUGGAGUUAUAUUAUACAUUUUCGUGACUAUUGUAAUGGCCUUCUUAUUUUUCAGUUUACGAGAUACCUGUUACGUGCAAGUUAAAUCAAAACAAUCAUUUCCAGUAGCUUGAAGUUAUUCAACUCCAACAAGUAUGUCAACGUCUAAUAUUCUGCUAAUUACAGGGAGGCCAGGUAUCGGUAAAACCACUUUGGUUUCUCAUGUCUUUGAAGAACUUCUUAAACUAGGAAUACAUGCAGUUGGUUUUAAGACAGAAGAAGUUCGACAGUUCUAUUCAGGAAAGUCUACUCGUUAUGGAUUUGAUAUAGUUCUAUUCGAUUCAUCUCGAACAUAUCCUAGAGCUUCAUUAGCUCGUCUAAAUAACCAUUCAAGCCAACAAGUACAACGUCAACCUCGUGUUGGUCAGUACCUAGUAGAUAUAUCAUCGUUUGAGAGUUUGGCUAUUCCUUGUUUACAGUCUAUUAUAAACAAUUUGGAAAAUGUUUCAUCCAUUAACAAUAUAACAAAAAAUAAUCUAAUAGUUUGUAUCAUUGAUGAAAUUGGUAAAAUGGAGUUAUGCUCAUUAAAGUUCACUUAUUUAAUUGAAAAAUUGAUUUCAUCAAUUUCGAAUUUACCUACAAAUGAUCAAUGUGAUAUAAAACAUCCUACAGUUAUUCUUUUGGCUACUGUACCAUCACCUAAAAGACAAGAUGGUACACGUGGUAUUCCGUUGGUUGAUCAUAUCUGUUCAAUGAAGGAGGCUUCGAUAAUAGAGAUUGAUCUAUCAAAUCGUGAUGAAAUUAUUCAAGAAAUAAUGAAAAGAAUACUAAAAUGUAAAUCUUCAUAG